AUGAAGUCACUAGCAACCGGUGCCGGAGGACCCGCCGCCGCCUCCACAGCCACCAACUGUGAAGGGGUGGAGAAGAAGAGCAUAAACCAUGAGCUAUGGCAAGCAUGUGCAGGACCACUAUUGAACUUGCCGGCGGCCGGAACUCAUGUGGUCUACUUCCCUCAAGGGCAUAGUGAACAGGUUGCAGCAUCUAUGAAGAAGGAUGUGGAUGCCCAAAUUCCAAACUACCCAAAUCUUCCCUCGAAGCUACUAUGUCUCCUUCACAAUGUCACCUUACAUGCGGAUACUGAAACAGAUGAAGUUUAUGCUCAGAUGACACUUCAACCUGUUUCUUCAUAUGACAAGGAUGCAUUAUUGAGGUCAGAUCUUGCACUGAAGUCAAAUAAACCACAGACAGAGUUUUUCUGUAAAACAUUAACAGCAAGCGAUACGAGCACUCAUGGCGGUUUCUCCGUGCCUCGUCGUGCAGCCGAGAAAAUCUUCCCACCUCUUGAUUUCUCCAUGCAACCACCUGCUCAAGAACUUGUAGCCAGGGAUUUGCAUGAUAAUGUUUGGACUUUUCGGCAUAUCUAUCGUGGACAACCAAAGCGUCACUUGCUUACAACUGGAUGGAGCCUAUUUGUCAGUGGAAAGAGGCUUUUUGCCGGCGACUCAGUUUUAUUUAUUAGAGAUGAAAAGCAGCAGCUUCUACUGGGCAUUAGACGGGCUAACAGGCAACCUACCAACUUAUCAUCAUCAGUAUUGUCAAGUGACAGCAUGCAUAUUGGGAUCCUAGCUGCUGCAGCCCAUGCAGCAGCAAACAACAGUCCUUUUACAGUGUUCUAUAAUCCAAGGGCAAGUCCAUCAGAAUUUGUUAUCCCUUUAGCCAAGUACUACAAGGCAGUGUAUAGCAACCAAAUAUCACUUGGCAUGCGCUUUCGCAUGAUGUUUGAAACUGAAGAGUCAGGAACAAGAAGAUAUAUGGGCACCAUUACAGGUAUCAGUGAUCUUGAUCCCGUAAGAUGGAAAAACUCACAAUGGCGUAAUUUGCAGGUUGGUUGGGAUGAGUCAACUGCUGGCGAAAGACGCCAUCGAGUCUCAAUCUGGGAGAUUGAACCAGUGACUGCUCCAUUUUUUAUAUGUCCUCCUCCAUUCUUUAGAUCUAAGCGUCCAAGGCAACCAGGAAUGCCAGAUGAUGAUUCCUCUGAUUUAGAUAGCUUAUUCAAGAGGAGUAUGCCUUGGCUUGGUGAUGAUAUCUGCAUGAAAGAUCCCCAGGCUAUCAACGGCCUAAGUUUAGUUCAGUGGAUGAACAUGCAGCAAAACCCUACACUGGCCAACUCAAUGCAGCCCAAUUACAUGCAAUCCUUGUCAGGAUCUGUUCUACAGAAUCUUCCUGGAGCUGAUCUUUCCCGUCAGUUAGGCUUGUCAUCACCUCAAAUGCCUCAGGCAAACAAUAUACAGUUCAAUGGCCAAAGGCUGCCUCAGCAAGCACAGCAGCUUGAUCAACUUCCAAAGCUACAGUCAUCACUGAACCCGAUGGGUUCCAUCAUACAGCCACAGCAACAAAUGGGUGACAUCUCGCAACAAUCGAGGCAAAAUUUAAUGGCUCAAACUCUACCCUCAAGUCAAGUUCAAGCCCAACUUCUGCAGCCUCAAACUCUUGCCCAGACCAAUAACAUUCUUCAGCAACAGCCAUCUAUUCAAAGCCAUCAGCUUCUUAGAAACCUUCCUCAAACCUUGCACCAGCAGCAGCAGCAGAACCAACAGCAACAUAUGAUGGGUCAGAACCAACAGCAAAACCUAAUGCAAUCUCAGUUGUCUGAUCAAGUAAGCCAACAUAUGCAAAUGUCAGACAAUCAGAUUCAGCUUCAACUGUUGCAGAAGCUUCAGCAGCAACAGCAAUCACUUUUAGCACAACAAUCUGCAAUGCAGCAGGCUGGUCAACUUGGACAGCUUCAAGAUUCACAAAGGCAGCUGCUGGAUGCAUCCCAGAGUUUUUCUAGGUCUAUGACCCCCAGCCAAAUGUUGGAAAUCCCUCAAACAUCACCCACCUCACUCCCUCAGCCAAAUACUAUUUCACAGCAGUUGACUAAGACUAGCAGCCAAAACAAUGCUCGAUUCUCACAUCCGCCUCAGCAGCCAAAAAUUCAACAACAGCAGCCUGGCAUCCUGCCAUUGUCUGAAAUGGCUGGUCAUAUGGGGCUUCCACAGAGCUCAAUGGCCAAUCAGCUCUCCACAGCUGGUAGCAAUAUAUUGACUGCAGCUGCUGGACCUGGACAGUCUGGGAUCACUGAUGAUCUUCCUUCUUGUUCUACUUCACCUUCCACAAACAAUUGUCCAAACAUAGUUCAACCAAUGAUCAACUGCCGGGCCCACCGAAGCACAGCAAUGGGGGAGGACAUGGCUCAGUCUGCUGCCACACUCUUUAGCCCCAGUGUAUUGGAAACCGUGUCCUCUAAUGGUAAUUUAGUUAAAGAUCUGCUGCAGAAAUCUGAGGUUAAGCCAUCGUUGAACAUCUCCAAGAAUCAAAACCCAGGAUUUUUUGCCUCACAAACAUACCUAAAUGGGGUAGCUGCCCAGACAGAUUAUUUGGACACGUCAUCUUCUACAACUUCAGUUUGCCUUUCUCAAAAUGAUGUCCAUUUGCAACAGAACAACAAUUCACUGUUGUAUAAUCCGCAAUCAGUCUUGUUGAGAGACACAAGCCAAGAUGGUGAACUCCAAGCAGAUCCGAGGAAUAAUAUUCCUUAUGGGACAAACAUUGAUAGCCAACUUGCAAUGCCAGUGAGUUCUGACCAUUUAUUAACAAAGGGCAUGGUGGGGCUGGGGAAGGACUUCUCAAAUAAUCUUUCUUCGGGAGGCACGCUUCCAAAUUGUGAAAACUCCAAAGAUCCUCAACAGGAGCUUUCAUCCUCAAUGGUUUCCCAGUCAUUCGGAGUUCCUGAUAUGCCAUUCAACUCAAUUGACUCAACAAUCAAUGACAGUAGCUUCUUGAACAGAGGUACUUGGGCAGCUCCACAGCAACAGCUUCAGCGACGGCGAACAUAUACAAAGGUGUACAAACGUGGAGCUGUGGGAAGGUCAAUUGACAUAGCCCGGUAUUCAGGUUAUGAUGAGCUUAAGCGAGAACUGGCUCGUAGGUUCGGUAUAGAGGGACAGUUGGAAGAUCAACAAAGGAUAGGCUGGAAACUUGUUUACAUGGAUCUCGAGAAUGAUGUCCUGCUAGUUGGGGAUGACCCUUGGGAAGAGUUCGUGAACUGUGUCCGCUGCAUCAAGAUCCUGUCUCCUCAAGAAGUCCAACAGAUGAGCUUGGAUGGAGAUUUUGGGAACUCUGUUCUUCCUAAUCAAGCCUGCAGUAGUUCUGAUAAUGUCAAUGCAUAA